CGAUUGUGCGCGCUUGAGCUGACAAGCAGUUUAUGGUUGUCUUUUGAACUGGAAGCAUUGCAAACACAGAAUGUUCCUUGUGGCAGAAACAAAAUGCGCACGAGGGGAAAAGGAAUUGGAUGUGGUCCCGCGAACAUGGGUGCGAACCACGAAAACCGGAAGGUCUAUUCUCCUGUGGCCAAGUAAAACGAAAGUGGAAGUUAUAAAGGAAAUGUCGCGAGACGCAACAAGCCAGCCACAAGCUCAUUGGAACCGAUCCGAAUGUAAGAUUUUGCGCACGUGCGAAACCUUCUCGGAUGCCGAAUCUGCUCUGGAGCAAAUGUUUGGGCAAUCAUCUUCCGAAGAUGAUAUACCCAACAAAAAGAAUACGGCGAUUUUAUCAAAACGGCAAAACUUCGACACCAUGUUUGUUACACUGUCGCCGAUUCCACCGCCCGUCCCGAAGCAAAAAUCUCAAUAUCCUGUUCCAUCCACUGUUGUGCCAAUCCUACCACCCACCAAUGAAACAGUUGGACCAACAACCAGUGACCUAUUUCAGCUUUUAACUGAGGUGAAAAAAGAAAUGCAGAACCACAACAAUAAAUUGGCACAGAUCAAGCAGCAGCAACAACACCAAUUCAACCUAUUACAACAGCGGCAAGAUAGCAUUGAAAAAUCGUUAGCUGAGGUUAUUGUUCAACAGAGGCUGAUUUUAGAAGAGAAGGAAGACCCAAUCCCAUUUGAACCAUCGUUCAUGUUUAAGCCGAUGGAUUCCGACUAUCAGCUGCAGGAGCUUGAGGCAAGGCUGAAUGAUGAAGCAUACAAGCAGCAAAUAGAAGAAUGGCUCAAAUGGUCCGUUACAGGCAAGACCUCGGGUAAACGCAUGUUAUGCUGCUUCGAUUUGUUGUUCUCGAGGAAAUUGCAAGAACGGUGUACGUGGACUGGAUUAUCCCGCGAUGGAACAGUUAAAAUAGCGUUAAUGAACCAACACAACGUGAUACAUUUAUUCAAAACCAUAGCCACUACAAAUUCAGAGAGAGUUAAUAGUAAGAUGGUUGCUGCUUUCUUAAUGCAGAGGCUUAAAAAUAUUAGGAAAAGGCCAGCUGAGCGGUCAGCUAGUGAAGCAAUGCACACUUCUUCAGAGAUGCUUGUUGAUGCGGUAUACAUAAAAGAAGAAUCAUUUUGACAGCCUGACUAUGCGUUUAUAGCACAUAGUUUCUGACUAUGUGUGGCAUAAAACGAUUACCCAUUAGCAUUAGUUUUAUAUGAGCUGAGUUCAAGAUAUCUUUACUUUCCAAAAUAAUUAUUUUU